GCAUCAUGUGGGCUGCGGCGGAUGUCGUUGAGGGCAGGCCUGCACUGAGUCGUUGGCACAAGGACUGGAAGUCCCUUUUCGAAGAGUACGUGCGUGACGGGCUGGCUAACAUGGAGUGAGGAGAGGCACAAUGAUGAAUUAUACCGAUCAUGUUCGGGAUGAAUGCGGAAGGAAAAGACGUGUUCAGAGUGUUGUUGUUCUUAUCGCUAUUGUUUGUACCAUGUAUAAACGUUGUUUCUAUAUAUCUUAUUCACAUGACUUGUGGGUUCUACUUGGAACCACAUUCGCAGAACUUAUCAACCACAGUCAUGUCCUGUGUGUCUCCCGUGUCUGCACCUUUGUUGAUGCUGUAGGACUGUUGCUACGUGUUCGCCGUUUAAGACUGAUGGGGAGAUCCCCACCUCUGCCGCGCGCUCAACACUUCCGAUGGAACUGGCCAAUCGGGGAUACUGGCAUCGCAUCUGUCUGAAAGCAGCGCUGUGCCACGCGUUGCACCGCGGGUAAAGUGGCACUCAGUUUUCAAGCAACGGCGCUUCCCGAGUAUAUAAAUUUAUUCACCGCAUUUGAAUGGUGAUGCAAUUGAAUCCGCAAUGCCACCUCAAGCUAUGACGAAUUGGUGAACCUUAACUCGUACGAAUUUG